AUGACAACCGAGAUUCAGAUCGAAGGAUUGACCCUCAAGCUCAAGACCGACAGUGCCCUGCCGCUGAUCGUCAAAGAUCAGUCCGUUGUAGCUAUCUUCGAGGACCCUACCACAAAGAAGAAAGAUUCACUUGGCCAGGUAUCAGACCGGAAUGGCUGUAGCGACAUACUCAGACUCUCGAUUGGAGUCAACCAAAAAACCAGUAGGCUCUUUAUCACGCUAGCCAUCUGGAUCCGGACUGGACGGGUAAGAAACAAGAACAAAAGUAAAGGUCGUCUCAUGUUUCUUGUGGUACCAGCUGAGUCGCUUGCUCUGGAAACCGCCUUUGAUGACCACGACGCUAUUGUUAAGCAGUUCCCAGGAAUCUCCUUCGAAAGCCCUUCUGACGACAAGUCUCGAAAGCACAAGCUCAUGAGAAUGUCGUUUGUUAUGGAGUCUAUGAGAAGCCAUGUGAUAAUGCCACAGUACAAACGCCAGGCAAACGCGAAAG